ACACAUGCCAUUUUUGGACUAGACAACUUCCGAUUCAAUGACGACUGCUGUUACGCUACUAUCAAAAUAGGGAACAUGACGGAGGAAAUCUAACUAUUGGUGCACUGAAAAUCCCCAUAAAUGCUGCGAUAGUAUAUCAGGGUUCAGUGUGUGCGUCAGGUGUGGAUGGAGUCAGUAACAUCAGAGCACCCAGCAUAGUAAUCACAGACAGGACAAUCCGAAGAAGUCCGUGUUCAGACCAACAGCCUGCACAUCGGCAGGCAGGGGGAGAAUGGUCAAGUACUUCUCUAACGAUGUAGACAUCAGGACCACGUGGGACCAUGUUGUCUCUGCCUUCUGGCAGAGGUAUCCCAACCCAUUCAGCACCCAUGUUCUCACAGAGGACGUGGUUCUCCGUGAGGUGACGGCGGACCAGCGGCUUCUCUCCAGACGCCUGCUCACCAAGACCAAUCGAAUGCCUCGCUGGGCCGAGUUCCUCUUCCCCUCCAACCUAUCACGCUCCGUCUACAUCGUAGAGGACUCCGUCGUCGACCCGGUCACCAAGAGCCUCACCACGUACACCUGGAACCUCAAUCACACUACGUUAAUGGAGUUUGGCUUGGCCCGCUUCAAGAGCAACCAGGUGAAGGCCAUGAAGGGCCUGGAGUACGCUCUGUCUAACUUACACGGAGAGGCACCCCAGCGCCAGCCCUGCGUCCGGGACACAGUGAAGACUGCUACAGAGAAAGCCAAGACCCUGGCCUCGGCCGCCGCCCCGCAGAAACAGCCCCAGCAGUACGUGUGACAACAGGGGAACAUCCACUGCCACCGGCUGGAACGGGACACUGUGCACGCAGUGGCAGGCACAAGCAACACAUUCACAUGCAACACACAGGCUGGCCAAUUCUGAUCUUUUUAAGAGCUGAUCUGAUUGGUCAAAAGACCAUUUUGUAAGGAAAAACACAUCAGAAUUGAGCUGUGCAUGCACACUCUUUUAGCUGCCUUUUCAUUGACUGGAAGCUUGCUUGUAUCAAGGUCUCGGUGUACAGUAUGUGUACAAUAUGUCCAUCUAAACCAC